UAACUCGUAACCCUACAAUUCUUGUCUACAUAAACCAUCCUCUGUUUUAUCCCCUUUUAUCUCCCCUGUAAUCUGGGCGUUUUUCCUUCUCAACCGAAUUCAGAUGGAUUCGCCCACAGAAACUGGACUAGAGAUCUCAGAUGAUUCAUGUGGGUGGCCACAGAAUGGCAACUCGUUUGAAGAAAUGUCAUCAGGAGGUUCAGACCAAAAUGCCUCUUCCCCUGUAACUCCAGAGUCUGACAGAAUACCUGUAGCUCUCAGCUUUGAUCAUGGCAAUUCCGAUGUCUCUCCUAAUCAUGAUUAUGACUCUUCUUAUUCCGAGUUAGACUCGGAAGCUGAAGCCUUUUACUCAUCUCUUAACCACCACCUGGUCUCACCAGGGACAAUGGAUACCCAUGAGUUUGCUGAGAAACAAAUUAGCUAUGGAGAAUUGAUGAAGAAAUUUGUCCAAUGCGAGGAAGAGCUAAGGGCUACGAGUCUGAAGCUCCAAGAUUCUGAACAAGAGAUUGAGAAACUGAAAGGUGAGACUGAGAUGAGAGAAUCUGCUGUUGUACCUGCUGAGGAUCUCUGUGCUGAGCUUGAAAUUGCAAGGAGAGAAAUAGAGGCUAAGAACACAGAAAUUGAGGCUGAGAAAAAGCGAGCGCUGGAGCUGCAAAGACAGGUGGUUGAUUUGGAAUCUACGCUCUCAGACUCAAGAUUCAACAUUGGGAAUAUAGUGGAUGAACUUCAGUGGAGUAGAGAAUGUUUGGGUGUAUCAGAUGCUGAGAUAUCAAAGCUAAAGGAAUCGUUGUGUGAUUGCCAGCAAAACUUCUCUACCGAAAAGACGAAGCUGGAGACUAAUGUUGCUGGUUUGUUAGAGAAGCAGACUUUCUUGGAAGCUCGGGUCAAAGAACUUGAAUCACGUGGUCAGGUACUGGAAGAUCAGAUUAGGCAUUCUGAUGCAGAGAAAAUGGAGAUGCAGAGAAAAGAGGCUCAGGGGCAAGCUGAGAUCGAUGCAUUGAAGAUAGACUUAGCCUCACGAGAUGAGCGAAUCGAAGCAUUGAACAAAGAUUUCGACAAGCACAAGCUGAGUUACGAUAUGUUAAUGGCAGAGAAAGACGGCGUCUGUGCCGAGGUAGACAACCUAAAAGCAGAGAUGAGAUCAAGAGACAUCCAAAUUGAGCAAAUUGAGGACCAGCUUAACCAGCUGCGCUGUAGGCAAACCGAGCUUGUGUCUGAAUCAGGAACAGCCAAGAACACUGUGGAAGAACUGAGAGGUGUGGUCAAAGAACUGGAGAAGCAAGCAGAGCUGCAGAGAAAUGCGAUAUCGGAAGGAGAGGAAGAGAAAAGAGAGGCGAUAAGACAGCUUUGUUUCUCUCUGGAUCAUUACAAAAGCGGAUACAGACAGCUUUUGCGAUUUCUUUCGAGCAACAAAAUGCAAUAACAAGCAAUCGUGGUCGUGUGAGUUUGAUUGAAUAUUAUUGCCUCUGCUUCUUCGUUUCAAUAGUAAGAUGUAUUCAUUUGUCCCAUCAUAUUUGUGUCAUUGUGUUACUCUGUCUCA